GUUAAUUUGUUUUCGCUGUAGACGAUGGUCAAUAAUUCGUCUCUUGGCUGGGUAGGUGGUGUCUUAAUUACCCCACCUUGGAAAGUUGAACUCUCGUUCUGCCAACCUGCUGCUCUGUUGAUCGUUGAUUCUAUAUUUUGACGGGAGACUUGCAUGCAUUGAGUGAGUGAGUUAGUUACCAGUGAGGCUAAUUCACUGCAAAAUUGAGCGAUCGCCACGCAAGGCUAAUAACUCGCACUGCAUUCUAUCGCAUCGCAAUUCAAAGGAAGCACAGCAAGCAUAAAUACACUGCACAACACAUAGCAAAACCUCUGAACGGGUUUAUAAGGAAAACGAUGCUCCCGCUCGAGCUCACCCUCGUGCUUGCCGCGACGCGCGACAUGGGCAUCGGCCUCAACGGCACGCUGCCGUGGACAGGCCUGAAGAAGGAGAUGGCCUAUUUUGCGCGCGUCACGAAGCGUGUGCCACCAUCAUCACCACCACCAUCACAACAACAACAACCGGCUCUCAACGCCGUCAUCAUGGGCCGCAAGACAUGGGACAGCAUCCCGGCGCGCUUCCGGCCGCUGCGGGGCCGGCUCAACAUUGUCAUCAGCCGGAGCGCGCCACUCCUCCUAUUUCCUAGCGCCACUGCUGUAGAGAAUGCCGAGACAAAUGUCGUCGUCAUGGCGCCGUCGCUCGAGCAGGCGCUGGCGUACCUGCAGCAGCAGCACACUUCCAGUUCUCCAUCUCAUUCUCGUAAUAGUAGCAGUGAAACAACACUAGGAAAGAUCGGGCGCGUGUUCAUCAUCGGCGGGGCGCAGAUGUACGACGCGGCGCUGGCGCUGCGCGAGACGCGGCGAAUCCUGCUCACGCGCGUGCUGACGGAUUUCGCGUGCGACACGUUUUUCCCACUGGCAGCGCUACAGCAGAAUGUGAGUAAUGGUGAUGAUGGCGAGAAGAAGAAGAAGAUGGCGGGGGUGGAGGAAGAGAUGCAAGAGGUUGAAAGAGAAGGGGGAGAGUGGAAGCGCCGCGGGCAGGCAGCGUUGGACGCGUGGGCGGGCGAGGCGGUGCCGGCGGGAGUGCAGGAGGAGAACGGCACGCGGUACGAGUUCCAGAUGUGGGAGCGCGACUGAAACGAAGAAUAAAUGGCUUCUAAGAGAAAAUAAUGAUAGCUAUUAUUAUUAUUAUUAUGGCUGUGGUGGGUUUUCUAAGAACGCUGGCUACGGAAUAGAUGGAUGU